AGAGUCACAAUGGGCUGGUUCAGGAGUCUCCUGUUUUUUGACAGGUGAGAUGAGUAGAGUUCACGAAAACCGAAAGGUUUACCAAUCUAUCACAGUUCAUGGGCAAUAAGGGCAGCUUUCAGGCUUUCCUUUUUAUAUUUAAGCAUGAAGAUAAGCAGACCCUUUUGAUUCUAAUCUACAAUGUCGAAUCUGAAGAGGAGAGUAGGCGUAGCAGUUUGCUAGCCAACCAUCGACCCAAGCAAGCUAGCUAAUAUACGGAGUGUUUGUAGUCUUGGGACGACAGCCAGUUGUUCAUCGCCGGUGCACUCUUGCCAGCUAGUCUUGGGAUGCUGUUAAGAGACGGAGGACCUUGGACUUAGAAGAAAGGUCAAGGUACUGAGACCUCUCUCUCCACAGCUUGGGGCUUCCUGCAUGAUGUGUUACCGUGGUGACAACAGAGAACACCCAUCCCCCUCUCCCUUCCCCUGGGCCGCCACCCCUCCCACAUCCCCCUCCCCCUAAAGCAGUCCUGACCUCACCAAGAUGUCGGACAGAAAGGAGCCGCCUAUCUAUAACGACGACAGUGUGGGGACCUUCCAGUACAAGUUGCCGUUCUACGAGACCAUGGAGCUGUUCAUCGAAACGUUGACGGGGACCUGCUUUGAGCUGCGUGUCUCGCCCAUCGAGACAGUCAUCUCUGUCAAGGCCAAGAUCCAGAGGCUGGAAGGUAUCCCUGUUGCCCAGCAACACCUGAUCUGGAACAACUUGGAGCUGGAGGAUGAGUACGGUCUGCAUGAUUACAGUAUUGCUGAGGGCUGUACUCUGAAGCUGGUGCUAGCCAUGAGAGGAGGACCAAUCAACACCAGGAGAGUGCCUGUUGAGGACCCAGUGAAGGAUAUGGUGGAGGUAAUGGAGGGAGGCAGGGAGGAGGGCUGGGAUAAGAGUCUGCCUAGCAGCAAGCAGGUCACUUUCCUAGUGUACCGAGAGGGAGACCAGCUCAACUUCUUCCGGGUCGUCGACCGAGGGGAUGGAACUCUGACCCCUGUCUCAGAAUCACUCAGUGGUGGCUCAGUGUACAACAUGUACACGGAGGAGGAGGAGGACGAGACAGGGGGCUUGGCUUUGGGACAGCCGUCCCUGGAGAACUCUAUCACCAUGAACAAGAUGAAGCUGCUCAAAGCCAAGAUGGAGGACAUGAACAUCAACAAGAAGCCUAAGAAGUCUGCCAAGUUGAAACCUCUGUCACCCGUUAGUGCCCGGCCCUGCAGCAACUUUCUGGGGCUCCCCAGACACCACCGCCUCUUCCGUGUCCUGCCCCAGAUCAACCAAUCCCACCACUCCGCCUCACACUUACCUCCAAUCAGGGACCAGGGAUCCGCAACUCCCUCUCCUCCCGUUGCUACUACCUCUGCCACCCACCUGUCAAUCAGCGGCCAGGCGACGCCCUAUUUCUCUUCCUCGUCCUGUUAUAUGCUUCAGGAAGAGGAGCCAUGGGAGACCAGCCCCAAGUCGAUCCGGCCCCCUCCUAAAGUGUCCCGGUUGGACAUCGGCAGCACCAGGCUCAUGAGGGACUGUGUGUACCCGCAGCUCCCCGCACUCCCCAGCAGGGGGCAGGCUGAGGGGACAGUGGAGCUGCCUGACUCCAGAGGAGAGGCACUGGGGCUGGAGUUGCUGGAGGAGGUUGCAAGCCUGCUGGAGCCCACACCGCCUGGAGCUCUGUACGGAAACCUGCUCACAGACCCCCUCAUCCUGGACAUCUCUACCCAGCCAGAGGAGGGUUUGAGCGGGUUGGAUGGGCUAGGAGCCCUGGGGGUUGGAGCAGAGCACCAGCUCUCCUCCACCCCCUCUCUUCUCUCCCAAGCUGAGGGGAUGAACUCUUUAAACAACUGGGCUAUGGGUGGUUCUGAUAGGUUAGCCUGCAAAGGUCAGAGGACACAGUUACUAGGCAACACCCUUGAUAAUUUACCCGACUCUCCUUCCCCCUCUUCAUCUUCCCCGUCUAGUAGAUGGAAACUACCACAACCCUUUGAAUUCACAGGCUCAGCAACGCCAACCCUACAAUCCAAUCCCCCCUCCUCCCGCCCCACCACUCUCUUCGCCCCUGCUCCACCUCUCUCCUCCUCUCUUCCACGUGGCUCUCAUCUGCGAGGCAUCAAGAUGGACUCCCCAGGCAAGCGGCCGGAGAUGAUGAGUAAAAGUGAGGCACGGGGCAUCACCAAGCUGGCCAACCAGGCCUGUAAGAACCCUCUAGGGUCCCUCAGCAACACAGAGCUCCUGGCCUCCCUGUCCUCUUCCUCCAGGACCCCAGUCAGCAGCAGCAGGGAAGGCCUGGGACAGAGCCUGGGAUUCGGGUUGGAGCUGCCCGCUGUUAGGGCCUCCAGGCUGGGCAUGCUAGGCUCUACGGCCCCCUCCCUACAAGCCAACAUCCAGCUGCUCCAGGAGGACCUGAUCCGACGGAUGUCCCCACUACACAGAGCGACCGCCUCUUACAUGGCACCCAACAGCCUGGGAUCAGCUGGAGGCUCCAGUUCAAUAAGGAGACUAGGCCCCCCUGCAUAUCACCUGCCUUCAGUCAAGGUUCCGCUGGCCAAUAAGAAGAAGAAAUCUAAACACUGCUUCCUCUGUGGCAAGAAGACUGGUCUGGCCACCAGCUACGAGUGCAGGUGUGGUAACAAUUUCUGCGCCACCCACCGCUAUGCGGAGACCCAUGACUGCACGUACAACUACAAGAGCGCCGGCCGCCGCUUCCUCCAGGAAACCAACCCCAUCGUCAACGCUCCCAAGCUGCCCAAGAUCUGAGCCCCUCCCCAUGUCCCCCUUCUAUCCCUGCACUACUCUUUCCUCUUUGGGAUGGAGGGAUGAAGAGUGAGAAAGUAACGGAUGUACCUGAAUGAUUAAAAACAAAAAGAAAGAAGGAACUUGAUCACCACUGUGUGCUUUUAAAUUGACUUAACGACUUCAAAACGCCAAGUGUGAACAAAACAGAGAACACAGAAUAUUAGCAAAUUAACUUUAAUAGCUAGCUGUUUCCUCCGCUCUGGACAAUGUGAACGAACUGUUCAUCCGCUUUUCCUCAUACAGUAACCUUGAUCGUUUUCCAUAGCAGGAAAGUAUUGCAUGUACAUUUGUAGUUUUUAAAGCAGAAUGUCUGUCUAUUUCAUGUUUUAACAGAACAGAAGUGCACGACUCCAAGCGUAUAAUGUUAUAUCUUUACAUUUUUUGCUUUCUUUAUCAGAUUGUUUCUAAAAAAAAAUAGGACUGCAGAUCAGUCUUUGAGAGAUGCACUUUAGAAUUAUCAUAUUUAUAUACCAAUGUUUGACUUGGACAUUUUUUCGGGGGAAGGCUGUUCUGUUUUUAUUUUUGUAAUGAGGUGUUUUUAUGUUGUCUUACUGUAUCAUAAUGUUUUAUAUCCAGCACCCAUCUCUCCUUUCCCCCGCUCCUAUGGGCACAUACACUACCAGUCAAAAGUUUGGACACA